UUUUUUGUGGUUUCUCUGACUUAUAUUUUAGAUUUCUUUAUUCCUUUUCUCCUUUUUUGACUGAAAUCAUUCUAUAAAACCAAAGGAAGAUAUGAGAUAUGAUACAAACUUUUAUUUAAAUUACUUCUAUUGACCUCUUUAUUUAUUUUUAAAUGAUGUAUACAUAGGCAAGGUUUACAAUAAUUUGCAAUCAUGGAUUGUGGAGAUGAUUGGAAAGUUUUUAUUGUUUUAAAUUUCUUACUGGUACUUUUAUUACUUUAAAAAUACUUUUAUUUUUAAGGAAAAUAUUUCCUUAAAGAUGUGUCUACAAGGACCGAUAUUUUAAUGAAUUCAGACCAAGUUUUUGGAGACCUGUACAUUGAUCACUAGAUCAAUAUUCAGAUGUUCUUUUACUGUCCUUUAUCUCCCUUCAAAUUCACUUUUCUUAGAUUCUCACAGAAAAGAUGAGGUCACGGAUGACAUUAUAUAUAACGUAACUGGUUUGUGCAAAAUAUAACAGUGGGACAUAAAAUUCAAUUACCCCCCCCCCCCCAAGGACAACCAACUCAUUUAAACUAAAGGAGACAGAUUUCAGAGACAUUCAAGAGAAAUAGAGAUCAAAGAAAACAAUAAAACAUUGUUACAAUUUUUCGAGUUGGGACGGGGCACAGUGCAGACUCACUCUGAUAUCGUGGGACUGUGGACACAGAAGGACUUUUACCAUGUGUCUUACACAUCUGAUCCUCUGGUGAAUAAACCAUGUGGAUUCUAGUUGGUUAGGGCAGCAGGACUCACACAGUAACCAAACUCCCUUCUUGCCUCUCUGUCGUCUGUGCUACCAGCAUCCCUACAGUUAGGUCUCAAACAUUCUUCAUAAUCUCCCCUCAGUGACAGCAGCUGUCAGAGGGAGUGUGGUUAGCCCUGGCGUAUUCUAGUCUGGACACUGUAGUGUAACACUCACAGAGACCUUUCCACCCUCUUCUCCAGCAACCACCGCCUUCUUUACUCCAGUGGGCCCUGGAUCACAGAUUAUCUCUGUCUCUUGUUAAUUGAGGCUGAAUAGGACCAGAGGGAUUAAUGGGGAAGUGUGGGUGUGUUUUAUCCAGGAACUGCCAUAUCUCUGCUGCUCCACGAUUUUGGACGAUGAGGGAAAAACAGUGACAUAUUUCAUUACCUGCCUCUGUCACUUAACUGUACUUCUCUAUUACAGGAUAUCAUGCCAUAAGUUGUGGGUGUUCUAGACCAAUUAAUUGAACUACUGCCACCACUCUGAGGACUUCGAGUUCUUAAUCUAUAAAAUAGAAGUCGCAAAAUUUAUCAUAAAUACUAGAUAGGUUGGUGUAGAAAUAAUGUUUAAUUUGGAUGAAAGUGUCUACAAACUCUUUACAGUGCUAUACAAAUAUAAGUGGUGUUAUUAUCAUUAUAAUUUUAUCAAUUUAUAUGCAAUUGUAUAUUUCCAGGAGAUCAGAAACAGACUUAGCAUUGUCUAUCUCUUUUUCUAAUUCCUAAAAAAUGGAAAGGACCAGCAGUUUAACUCUUAGGAAACUGAGGUGAUAUUACCAUCCACUUACAUUUCCUUCUUAACCAGGAAUUUCCAGACCUGAGUGAUGGCUGUUGAGAACUGCACUAUGUUUACUGACUUCAUAUUCCUAGGUCUUUCUGACAGACAGGAUGUGCAGCAGGGGCUCUUUGUGCUCUUUCUGCUGGUCUAUGGCAUAACUGUGAUUGCCAAUCUAGGCAUGAUCCUGCUGAUCAAGACGGACUCCAGACUCCACACGCCUAUGUAUUAUUUCCUGAGCAAUCUGUCAUUCUGUGAUGUUGGCUACUCCUCUACUAUCACUCCCAAGAUGCUGGCUGAUUUCUUAUCUGAGCAAAAGACAAUUCCAUAUAAUUUGUGUGCCAUUCAGUUGUAUUUUUUUGGGGCCUUUGCCAAUGCAGAAUGUUUCAUGUUGGCUGUCAUGGCAUAUGACCGUUAUGUAGCCAUUUGCAAUCCACUUCUUUAUACAAGUGCCAUGUCCAGGAGAGUCUGUACCCAGCUAGUGGCCAUUGUGUACAUUGAAGGUUUGGUCGAUUCAGUAAUCCAUACCUGUUGCACAUUUCAAUUGUCAUUCUGCAAUUCCAAUAUCAUCAAUCACUUUUUCUGUGACAUCCCACCCUUACUAGCCCUCUCCACCUCAGACACAACCAUCAAUGAGAUUGUGUUGUUCACUUUUGGUAGCUGUGUUCUGGGAUGCAGCAUCAUCACUGUCCUCCUGUCUUACAGCUACAUCAUAACUACCAUCCUUAGAAUGAACUCAGCUGAGGGAAGACGCAAAGCUUUCUCUACUUGCACCUCCCACUUAACCACUGUGGCUAUAUUUCAUCUUACACUCCUGUUCACGUAUUUGCGACCCAGCUCGAGUUACUCCAUGGACACAGACAAAAUGUCCUCUGUUUUCUACACAGUUGUCAUCCCUAUGUUAAACCCACUGAUCUACAGCUUAAGGAAUAAUGAUGUAAAAAGUGCCCUGAAAAAAGCAAUUAGCACUAAAUUAUCUUCUGGGUGACACUGUGUUUUCACCAAAAAAUAUUUAUUCAAAGAUUCUGAGAGCUAAAAUUCAGUUACUUUGACAUAGAUUCCUAUAGUGUCACCAACGUAUCUUUUAGAUAUUUUACAUUAAUUAUCUUUGUGCUUAAAUUGAGUUUAGGGAGCAGUCAUUUCUGAUCUUAAUCUUCUCUGCAAGCUAAGAAAGACUAAGUAAUAAGUUAACUUGCAAAGAGGAUAUUUUUAUAUUUCCCAUCUCUGUUUAUGGUUGUACCCCUGUGAGAUAUCAUUGGUAGAGCAAUCCCUCCAUCCACGGCAAAUCAACUUACCCUCUUAAAGCUCCAAUUAUUUAUUUUUUUUAGGAAGAUUAGCCCCAAGCUAACAUCCGUGCCCAUCUUCCCUUAUUUUAUA